ACAGUUCGGAUGGUAUAGGGUGACCGGGAGAGACGUUUUUUGUCGUAUUUUUGCAAGGCUGCGGGAGUUUCCGACCAGUUAGUUCAGUUCCUCGUGUUUACAGCCCGCAACUGCUGUCAAAACAGUUCCUGGCCAAAUAAGUGUUGUGUGUACGUGCGUGUGUGUGUGCUUUGAAUAAAUGCUACUCAGUGCCCCCAAAUGCUGAACUCAUUAGCUAGCCAUCGACUUUUCUACCCCGGCGAAAACCUAGGAAUUCCGACUACCUAUAGUGGAUACAUAUUAGAUAACGCAGAACAGGAUGAUUCAGAUACUAACACAUCGAUUCAACUACAGUCCACUAGUGGUGUUUAUGCUACUACUAAUCGACCACCGAUUACUUGUGAAUUCAAGUGUUCCAGUAUUGCAAAAUCCUUCAGAUGAAUACACGAAGUAUGUACCGAUUGAGGAACUAAAAUUGCCAGAGGAUCAGGAACUGGUAGUCCGACUGCCAUCAAACUCAUUGCUCAAAUAUACAUCCUACAAGGAUGUCUCCAUCUUGCAUUUCGAUGUUCCACCCGAUUCUCGGACAGCUUACUUCACAUUCAAAGCGUUUGAGGAUCCCAAAAGUGCCUUUCAACGAAAGUGUAAACCCAAGGAUGUAACUUUGCAUCUGAAGGCGAGCAGUUAUCCAGUGAUAAGUCCAGAAAACAUAACCUUUCCAAAGAACUUCUUUACUACAGAGCAGAGAUUUAAGGUCUAUGACCUGCAGUUUUUAUCUAAUGAGCAGCAGCAGCGGAUUACCAUAGAGGCGCCGCACAUAGGCAACUGGUUUGCGGUGGCAUUUGUUAGUUGGUCAGAUCCCAAUAAUGACCGCAUUGAACAACAAGGACUCACUGCCUCAUGUGACACUCUGUUGUCCGCCGAGAUGUCUGUGUCCCGAUUCCGUCCGAUUAUCAUAAACAGUGGUCAGGAGCAUGAGGACAAUCUAACGAGCCAUGUUCUGCCUGCCAACGAAACCAAUAUCAAGGAAGGUCUCAACACAUCCAGACCCCUGCGCUCCAUUCCGCCCAAGCAGCAGAAACAGAAACCAGCAGCUGUUACCGAAUCCAAACUCUUUGCUGAAGGAAAGUCCGGAAGAGCUGCUCAAUUUCAAAAUAUCACGGAAAACCACAACAGCACACCGACCGCAAACAAUGAAAUCAUAUAUAGAUUCUAUGUGCCAGACGAUGUAGGCGAUGCUACGGCCCGGAUAAUAUUCGACCAAGUGUGCGAUGACUGUCCGGCGGUGGGCUUCCAUGUCCGGGCCAAUGGAUAUCCACGGGGCGGUACAGAUCAGAGCCAUGGACAUGGCACCAUUAUCCGGCCAAAUCAGACAACGGAAAUCUCAAUUCCGUUCGGCGUGCAGCCAAAUACGUGGCACUAUGCCCUGUUGACUUUUGUCAACGGGGCGGAUGAAACGGAAAUGCCUUCUGAAGGCAACAAUGGCAAUGUAAAUCAUAGUUUAUCAUAUGUCCUGCAAAUCGAUUACAUCACAGAGGAGCCUGUGGAUAACCUGUUGCAGAAGCCCAAGAGCGUGGCAAACACUACAAAUAGUUCCAUUCCGAAUCCCUGGGAGCCAGCGAAAUUCCGUCAAAUAAACUUUUACUCCCUGCUGCGUCAGACAUACCGCGAAUUCUUCAUGUUCGACUAUGAUCUCCGGCCAGAUGUGAAUGGAACAGUGCCCGAAACCCUUAAUCUUACGGCUAAGACUCAUUCCGGGUUCGCUUUUGACGUGGGUGAAGUGUCCGAUAUUGGUGGCACUCUAACCGUUGCCCUUUCCAUGAAGGAGUCUCACCGUGCCAGUUUGAGAAUGAGUCUGCCCACACAGUCACCUGAUUUGGGUGGCAUACUGGCCGAGAGACUGAUCGGAGAUCCCAAGGAGGAGGUGGUGCCUGCCACUACUGCAUCCAGCAACCAGAGCAUGCAGAUCGUCGUCUGUAUGCAGUUGGGUGAGCCGGGAAACCCAGAAUAUCCGGACAAGUGUCGAUAUGGUCAGCAGCUAAAGCAGGCAUCCAUUAUUGUAAACAACACGGAGAGCAUGGGCCUGGUCCAUAUACCCUUCCCCGAGAGCGGCCGAUGGUAUGUGACCAUGGGCCUGUUUUGCCAUGGAUCCGGAACCACUCGAGUGUCCAUCAUGGAGAGCGUUAAGAAGUUCAUAGUAAAGCACGAGGAUGUGUUGGCAGAUAUGCGCUCCCCAAGUGCUUGUGCAGAAUCUGUUCCCCGCUAUACCGCCUGCUUGACAUCUCCGGAGUGCCUAAAAGCGAUGAACGAAUCCGAAACACUGAAGGUCAAGGAGUGCAUAAUGGGCGAUAAUAAGCAAAUGUCUCGACUCUUUGCGGAACACCACAAGGCGUCAAUGGAACAACACGUGGCAGUGGAAAACUGCAAUACCUCGGUGGUCUUUUCGGUAUCCUCAAGUCCCUGUGUGGCUGGUAGAUGUGGACGCUUUGGAAGAUGCUAUCACUACAUGUCCGGCGGUUUUGUCUUUUCUACGUGCGUAUGCUCAAAGGGUUAUCGCGGAUGGGAUUGCACGGAGGACUCACAGGUGCCAACAAACAUGUCUAUUCUACUAGCCACUCUACUGCUCACACUGAGCAACCUGCUAUUCUUUCCGAGCAUCUACAUGGCGGUCAAGCGGCGCUACUACACCGAGGGCGUCAUCUACUUCUUCGCCAUGUUCUUCUCGAUCUUUUACCAUGCCUGCGACGCUGGCGAAGAUGAGUACAGCUUCUGCCUGGUGAAGAUCGGAGUGCUACAGUUCUGUGACUUCUACUGCGGUUUGUUGAGCAUCUGGGUGACCCUGGUAGCCAUGGCUCAUGUCCGUUCGGAGAUAGUCUCGCUUCUCCACAUGUUUGGAGCCAUCUUGCUGGCAUUUGGCACGGAGCUGAAUAAGCAGAGCUUGUGGGUAUUUUUGGCCCCAGCCCUAACGGGUAUUUGCCUUAUCUCUACCAGCUGGGGGCUACGAUGUGCCAAAUCCCGCAAGUUGUUCCCCUCGCGGAGAUACCUGUCGGUGUGGCUGCCCUUUGGACUGACCCUGGUGGUGGCCGGUCUAGUGUGUUAUGCCUUCCUGCAGACCAAGCAGAACUAUCACAUCGUCCAUUCCAUCUGGCACAUGGUCAUGGCAUUGAGCAUCCUUUGCCUAUUGCCUUCCAGAAAGUCCUUCCUGCCAAAGUGCUAGCACGCGGAGUUCAGUUCGCACGCCAGGGAUCUCCUGCUGGCUCAGGAUCAGGAGAUCCACAUGUGAGACUGGUGGCUACGUGGCUGGAAAUAGGUGACUCCAUAGCUUUUCCUCGCUUCGCAUGCGAACGACACCGUUACAGGACCUUAUCUAGUACAGUAGGCUAGUCCCUAUUUUAGUUUGUACAUAAUAAUACUCAUAGAAGUAGUUGGUAAACCGAAGAGAUCUUGGAAUUGAUCAACUGAGCACUGAACGUUCACUAAAUGGAUGCACGGAUAAAUAGAUGGAUAUAGUUACUUAAUCGUUAUGAUGUUUGUUUACCUACCCUUUGCCCUACAGAUCUACGCACUAAGGCCUACAAACAUUAACUAUCUAGAAACUAUUUCAACAGCCUUACUAAAUUUAACGAGAAGCACGCAUUGGAAAUGUGAAUCCAAUAACUUAUAGUGUAUAUACAUAAAUACUUGUUGUUAGAUAAAUGGCAGACUGUAAGAUUAGCUAAUAAAUAGGAACUAAA